UUACCACCUCUAUAUAAACCCAAAAAUGCCCCGUCUCCCUUCUCCACAUCUCUCGUGCAUCUUCUUCUUUCUCGACCAUUCUUGACCCUGAAGCAGUUCCCUCGCCCGGUGGGUUUUCUCUGUGUUCGCAAGCAACCGCUCGAGGAGAGAAGAAGAAGAAAUGGACGUUCUGCAUUUCGUGUUCGGAAUUUUCGGAAACGCCACUGCUCUGUUCCUCUUCUUGGCGCCAGCGAUAACGUUCAAAAGGAUUAUAAAGAGCAGGUCUACAGAGGAGUUCUCAGGGAUUCCCUAUGUCAUGACCCUCCUCAACUGCUUGCUUUCUGCUUGGUACGGCCUUCCGUUUGUGUCGCCGAACAACCUCUUGGUGUCGACGAUCAAUGGCACUGGCGCCGCGAUCGAGUUUGUGUAUGUUGUGAUUUUUCUCAUCUUCGCCCCGAGGAAAGAGAAGGCCAAGAUCCUGGGCCUCCUCACGUUUGUGCUCACCGUGUUCGCCGCCGUCGCCUUGGUCUCCCUCCUCGCUCUCCACGGUAACAAGAGGAAGCUCUUUUGUGGCGUGGCCGCCACCGUCUUCUCCAUCAUCAUGUAUGCUUCGCCCCUGUCGAUUAUGCGGCUGGUGAUCAAGACGAAAAGCGUGGAGUACAUGCCCUUCUUCUUGUCCCUGUUCGUCUUCUUAUGUGGCACUUCCUGGUUCAUCUAUGGCCUCCUUGGCCAUGAUCCCUUCGUCGCUGUACCCAAUGGGUUUGGAAGUGGGCUUGGGGCAAUGCAGCUGAUACUGUAUGCCAUUUAUCGCAACAACAAAGGCGAACCCAAGAAGAAAGUGAACAACGACGGGUCUAUGGAGAUGAUGGGCGGGACGGAGAAGGAUGCCGACCGUGACCCAGUGAAGCAUCAGCUCAGUUCGACGAAUAAACAAGUUGAUGAGCAGGUUUAGAUAGAUAAGACAUCAGCAGCAUCAUCCUUUUAAUACUCGCAUGAUCACAUGACUCUGUUGUACACUUGAAUUGAACCCCCUAUCUGGAAUUUCACUAGCUCCAUUCUUGUGUCCUACAUCAGUCACUUCCACGGAAAUCUAGUCUUGUUGCAGGACGAUUGAUGCCAAUAAAGUAGCACGAAUUCAGUUAAA